AUGGCUGUCAGGAGUAUAGGUGCAUUCUCUGGCAAUGGUACACUGGAUAUGUGCAAGGAUGACAAUGGAAACAACAUGCUCAAUCUCAAUGAAGAGAUCAAAAAAAAGGUGGAAGAUAUUAGGGCUCUACUAUCCAGUGGAAAUGUUCAGCGCACAAGAUGUCAGAAAUACAAAACUAGCCACGCCAACCGUAUGAUUAUGGGCCCAGUGGCAGAAUGGUUGAAAGGCAAGCUAAUGAAUAUAGUGCAGAAGGGAUAUGUAAAGAAGAGGGAGGAUAAAAGACUUCAAACAGCCCAGAUAAAUGCAGCCCUCUCAGUUGCAAGGUUGUCUACAGUAGUUGCAGGAACUAUCGGAAAUUGCUCCUUCGGGUCAAAUAAUUUGAGUGGCAUGAAGAUGCAUGCUGCAAUCACAUCAGCGGCAGCGCUGGUGGCAGCCUCAUGUGCUGAGGUGGCAAAAUCUGCCGGAGCUACCAGGGAACAGGUUUCAUCAGUCAUUAAUAUGGGAUUGGAGACUAGAGCACUGGGAGAUUUGCUCACACUAACUACUAGUGCGGCAGCCUGUCUAAGAGGGGUUGAGGGUCUUAAGAUGCGGACAAACAACUGA